GUUUUCAAUACGAUGAUCGAUAGGUGACCAGUGCUUGUAUUUUGUUCUUAAAAAGUUUAUUAGUUUUUGUGUUUUGGAUUACAUUGGAUACCUGCAUACUUUUGAUUUUCGACAUACUAAACAUGCGAGCCCCUUUGUACCUAGUCUGUGCCACGCUGGUCGUGGGUAUCAGAAGUGAAGAAACGUCCGCUGGUGGAGGGUACUUCAACAACAGAGGACAACUGGAACCCAUCAACAUGGCCGUCGAUCAAGAAACUAUUUCCUACCUUUUACCGAAAUUGGCUGCAAAAUACCGACCUAACAGCGAAUGGGCAGGUGUAACAGAUCCCAGAUUCUAUUUGUUGACUGAAGAAAUGGAGUCCAAUGAAUUCGACAAUCAGAUGCAACACCCGGAAAUACGAAUCAAACGAGCAGGAAAUAGUCGCAUCGGCGAAGCAGGAGGUUCCCUUUCAAUUGUCAACUCGUUAGAUGUGUUGCGCAAUAGAUUGUUGUUGGAAAUCGCGAGAAAAAAGGCAAAAGAGGGCGCUACGCGUAACAGACAGAUGCUGAUGAAUCUCGGCAAAAGGGGAUUUUUCCAAGGGGCUCGUGGAUACUACAACGAAGUGUAAAAUAUUUAAAUGUAGGAAUUUAUUUUUAAAAAACAGUAGCAUAUAUAAAAAUAGCUUUUAUUUUAUUGUGAAUUUAUUUAUUUAUUUAAAAAUAAAUGUGUUUUCUUAUCAAAAUAUUUAGUUUUAAUUAAUUUUUAAUUACAAUAUAUGUAAAAUGGAUGCUUAUUAUAAAUAUAGAAAUUUGUUGAAACAUUGUUGUAAUACUGUUCAAAAAAUAUAAUAAUGAUCAGCAAAAUAGGUUACAAUGUAAAACUGCCCCGUUAAGAAGAAAUCACAUAAUCUAUAGGUACAGAUGAGGUAUAUAUAGACAUACACUUAUGCUUUUUCUUCUUAAUAAAUAAUAAAUUAGUAAACAGUUUGGAAAUAUAUGCUUUUGUAUUGGCCAUGCAAUACAAAAGGUAGACGAAAGACAUUCAAAAUUUUCAUCACUUAUUUUUGUCCGACAAACCUUCGUGUUUUAAAAUAAGAAACACAUUUUUUUGUAACUUGGAAAAUAUUCUAGAGUGAUAGGGUAGUAAUUUAAUGGUAAGACAUUGAUAGUUAUUGUAUUUUUUGUAAUAAAAUAAGCAAGGUAAAAUUGUAUAAAUAAAUGAUUUGAAAAUAAUAAAUGAGUU